AUGCCGUUAGCCACGCUAUGGACCAAAUCUACCUUGGCGGUAUACGUCGAGACAUUGCGCGAAAUGCCGAAGGAGCUGGUAUGGAAUAAGCAUUUGCUCCUAUCAACCCUCUGCUACGCCACGGCCUCUAUCCCUUUGACCUGGGAUCAAGGCUCAUCCUCCGUGAUUCCAAUUUUGCCUGGCUUCCAGGACCAAUUCGGUUUCAGCAACCAUGAUGCCGGCGAAUUGCGUUACUUUGUAUCAAUCGUCUUCGCUGGCGCUGGAGUAGGUGCAUUGCUGUCCGUUUUCAUCAAUGAUCGUCUCGGGCGGCUCUGGGCAUGGCGCUUGUAUGCUACGAUUUGGAUUGUUGGACAGCUAAUCAUGUGUUUGACCCCCACGGUUAGUGGCCUAUGGGCAGCGCGAAUUAUCUGUGGGCUGGGCAUCGGGCCGCUGACUGUCAUUGGAACCAUGUCUAUUGUGGAGAUCGCCCCGACGGAGAUUCGUGGACUCCUCGCUGUCUGGUUCAGUGUUCUGAUGAAUAUAUCAUCCAUAUGCGCCAUCUUCGCUGUUUUAGGUUCGUACAUUCACAUACCCACCAGCCGGAUGCAAUACCAGGUUGUAUGGUUCUCGCCGUGCAUUUUCUUUGCACUCAUAAUUGGCGCGAGCUUCUUUCUUUGUGAGUCUCCUCGCUGGCUUUGGAUGGUUGGGCGUCGCGAUGAAGCUGUACACACAUUGGUCAAGUUGCGAGGUCUGCCAGCUAGCCAUCCUCGGGUCGAAUUUGAACUCAAUGAGAUCCAAAAGGCCAUCGAAAAGGACAUGGGACACUAUGAAGCGACUUCUUCAAGGCUUUAUGGCAACUUCAAGGAGACUUUCACCGUUCGAUCCAACCUGCGCCGUCUUCAGCAGGUCUUGUUGUGCUACGCCCUUGCUCAGCUGUCAGGCGCGAACUCGAUUACAUCUUACUUUAUUCCCAUCCUCAAUCUGCUAGGAGAGGCAGGGGAUACGACCCAUAGCCUAUUCUUAUCUGGAAUGUACAGCACGUCGAAAUUGUUUUUUACAUUGAUCGCUUCUUUCCUCCUGAUUGAUAUCCUGGGGAGAAGACGUUCGCUCCUGCUGGGUUCUGCUUUGCAGAUGGUGUCGGAUAUAUACCUGGGUGUGUAUAUCAAAUAUGAACAGGCUGGCAAGGCAAAUGGAAGUUCGUCCCGGGCAGCCAUUGCCAUCCUCUUCGUCCAUGCAUUUGGGUAUGCAAUUGGCCUUUUUGUUUUACCGUAUGUCUUUGGCGGAGAGGUAUGGCCGAAUCACAUUCGAUCUUUUGGUGGAGCUAUCACUCAAUGUUUCCACUGGUUGUUCUUUUUUGCCAUGAAUUUCGCGCUUCCGUCGCUUCUAGCGACAACAAAUAAUUGGGGCGCGUUUCUAUUUUUCGCUGCUUGUUGCCUCAUCGCCCAGGCUUAUGUAUUCUUUAUGGUCCCAGAGACGGCUGGACUGAGUGUCGAAGAACUUGACGCCAUAUUUGACAGGCCCUGGUUCCAAGCAUACAAGUCUACAGGCAAAAUUACCCGCAUCUUGGAAGGCACCGAUAUGGAGAAUCAAAAAGAGUGGGUCCCAGAUCUAGGGUUUAGCAUACGAAAGCAAAAGCUGACUGACCAGUACUUCCCAGGACAAGAAGCAUCAGCCAAGACA